CAUCUCAAACAAUACACAGCAAAGCGAGAACGCCGUGCACUCGCCGCCCUUAAAUGAGCACGACAAGACACGCGUUAGUUCUUCAUUUCUUCAACACUCUCACACUGCCCGCGCGUCCAAAGUUUCCAUUGGCACAAACGUAGGCAUAGCACGGGCAGGCAAUGGCGCCGGUCUCGUCUGCUAAGGCCAAGGUGCUAAAGGCAUCGUACAAGCUCGUCGUCAACAACUUCCUCGCCGUCGUCGCAGCGGUUUCUGUCGCCGCUGCGCUCUGGACGGCGUGGCCCAUCAGCAUCUCUGGCCUUGCUGGCCGGGUGCGCGCGGUGCGGCCAGUCCACGCCCUCGCGGCGGCGAUCCUGGCGGCCGCCCUUGCCAGGCUGAGACGCCUGCGCCGGCCACGGGACGUGUACUUCGUCGAGUACGGCUGCUUCCGGCCCAAGUCGUGGUUCCGGGCGCCGUUCGCCACGUGCCUGGAGCACGUGCGCCUCAUGCCGUACCUGGUCGACGAGGAGGACUUCGCCUGGGGGCGGCGGCUGCUGCUGCGGUCUGGGAUCGGCGAGGAGACCUGCGUGCCGUACGCCUACCACUACGUGCCCCCGGACCGCAGCGUCGAGGCCUCCCGGGACGAGGCCGAGCUGGUCAUCUUCUCCGCUGUCGACAACUUGUUCGCCAGGACGGCCGUGGAGCCCGGGGAGAUCGACGUGGUGGUCGUCAACUGCAGCAUCUUCACGCCCACGCCGGUGUUCGCGGACAUGGUCGUCAGCAGGUACAAGCUGCGCGACGACGUGCGGACCGUGAACCUGUCCGGGAUGGGGUGCAGCGCGGGGCUCGUCUCCGUUGGCCUCGCCAGGAACCUCCUGGAGGUGGCGCCGCCGGGCACACACGUCCUCAUCGUGUCCACGGAGAUCCUCUCAUCGCAGUACUACGUCGGCAGGGAGCGCGAGAUGCUGCUUCCCAACGUCCUCUUCCGCAUGGGCGCCGCCGCCAUGAUCAUGUCCAACUCCCCGGAACGCGCCCGGUUCCGGCUCGCCCGCGCGGUGCGAACCGUGGCCGCCGCGGGAGACGCGGGCUACCGCUGCGUGUUCCAGGAGGAGGACGACGAGGGCAACAUGGGAAUCCGUCUCUCCAAGGACCUCGUGGCCACCGCCGGCCAGACCCUCAAAAGCAACAUCGUGGCCUUGGGGCCUCUCGUCCUGCCGGCCUCCGAGAAGCUCCUUGUCGCUCUCUCCCUCCUGAAGCGGAAGCUCCUGAGCCGGCUCGGCAGCAAGGUGAGGCUGUACCGCCCGGACUUCCGCACGGCGUUCGAGCACUUCUGCAUCCACGCCGGCGGGCGCGGGGUGAUCGACGAGGUGCAGCGAGGCCUCGGCCUCUCCGACGAGGACGCGGAGGCGUCGCGGAUGACGCUGCACCGGUUCGGCAACACGUCGAGCAGCUCGGUGCUGUACGAGCUGGCGUACAUCGAGGCCAAGGGAAUGAUGAAGAAGGGCGACCGGGUGUGGAUGAUCUCCUUCGGCGCCGGCUUCGAGUGCAACAGCGUGGCGUGGGAGUGCGUCAUGCCGGCCGCCGACGCCGACGGGCCGUGGGCCGACUGCAUCCAUCGCUACCCGGUGCAGCUCCCUAAAGUCGUAGAGGGAAAGGGAAUAAUCUAAUUAAGAACGGUAUUCAACAGGUGCUAGAUCGAUGAGUGUGUUUGUGUCACGCGCAUAAUGUGCUUGCUAUGUAGGAGAACGACUACUCUAUAUUAAUUUGGCUUCCAAAUGCAUACUGAUUUUGCAUUGUGCA